AUGAAUUGUAUGAGUGAGAUGGUUUUUGACUGUGAAAAGAAUCUAGAGCUUAUUCUUGUGUACAGUUUGCUAUCUAAGAAUGAGGUCAAGGUAGCAGUUAAGAGGAGGCAGAAGAUGGCAAAGUCCUUUGCCAAGCUCUUACAGAAGAUAUCCCAUGGGUCUGCAUACUCUGUAUCUGAAGGAUAUGUGACCUUUACCCCUGGGUCGCUGAAGGGAGGAGAGGUUGCCAUACAGUGUGAAGAGGAGAUUUCGAUGUACAUUGAGCCUAUUCUUGUCCUGUGUCCCUUUGUAAUUGAGCCUUUGAAGAUAAAGUUCAAGGGAAUAACGAAUGGGAAGCUCUGCGUUGACUUGAUUAGAAUUGCACAUUUUGGUGUGCUAAGAGGAUUUGGAGUCAAGGAGUGCGAGAUUGUUGUCAAGAAGAGGGGUUUUGGGCCUAUUGGAAAAGGGGAGGUUGUAUUUACUGUGGGUAGCCCUGGGAAGAUUUCCACCAUUGUAUUGGAGAAGCCGGAGAAGAUUGUCAAGGUCCGAGGAUUGGUGGUGAGUAGCCGGGUGAGCUCUAUUCCUGUGAAAGAGAUGACAGAAACAAUCAAGGAGCUUAUGGGAGAUGUUUCGAACACAAAGGUUUUCUCAAACAUGUCGAACAGAUUGGACUCUGGGCCCUCUCCCGGGUUCCAAUGUGCUGUUUUUGCAGAGUCGAAGAAUGGGGUUUACUACUCUGUGAUGAGUGGAGAAAAGUUGACGCCGAGGGAAACGGCAACGGCUGCUUGCAAGGAGCUUCUUCUGAGUAUCAGACAUGGAGGAGUGUUCGACAAGAAGCUCCUUUAUCUUGCACUUUCCCUGAUGUCUCUAUCAUCUACAAGCAUAGGAAGCCUAUGGGUUGGAAAGGUUGACUCGGAUGUAAAGGUUAUCCUAGACCUGUUGAAGCAAUUUUUUGGAUUUGAAUACGAGGUUAGAAGGAGUGGAGACGGAGACGUUGUCUAUGGAGCAGGAUGUGGGCUAAGCAGGAUUAGCAGGCAGCUGAAAUGA